UUUAGAAGGGCUUGAAAGCUCUCUCUGUGGAAGAGGACUCAACAGCGACAUCUCAGAUGAACUCCGAUCGCUGCGAGAAGCCCUAAUUCCUCUGGAGUUUCCGAUAGUCCUCGUCGGGAAAUAUUGCUUUCCCCGUUGAAUCAAUGGAUGGUAACAAAGACGACGCGUUGAAAUGCCUCAAAAUCGGCAAGGAUGCGAUGGAAUCAGGAGAUCGAUCUCGCGCUUUGAAGUUUCUUGAGAAAGCUCGUCGUCUUGAUCCGUCUCUCCCGAUCGAUGUUCUUGUUUCGGAUCUGAACAAGCAAUCGGAAGAACCAGCGGCGGCGGAGGAGGAUGAUUCGCCUGGAUCUGCCGCCAACGAGUCAUCAAAGCCGCCGUCGGAUCGACCUUCUCUUCGUCAACGUGGAUCUUCUUCGUCAUCGACCGCGGGAUCGUCAUCAUCGUCUUUCACGGAAGAACAACGAGCGAUCGUGAGGGAGAUAAAAUCGAAGAAGGAUUACUAUGAGAUUCUUGGAUUGGGGAACACAUGUUCAGUGGAGGAUUUGAGGAAAUCGUAUCGGAAACUCUCGUUGAAAGUUCAUCCCGAUAAGAACAAGGCUCCUGGUUCUGAAGAAGCUUUUAAAUCAGUCUCUAAGGCGUUUCAAUGCCUAAGCAACGAAGACACUAGGCGUAAGUACGACGUCAGUGGUUCAGACGAGCCUUCUUAUCAACCACGCCGAGCUGCUAGAAGAAACAACGGUUUCUACGAUGAUGAGUUUGAUGCUGAUGAGAUUUUCAGAAGCUUCUUUGGUGGUGGAAUGAAUCACGCCACUACUACUCAAUUCAGAUCAUUUAAUUUUGGUGCAGGGACAACUAGAACAGCUAACCAAGGUUCUGAUACAGGAUUCAAUCCUCGUGUACUUCUUCAGUUGCUUCCUGUUGUGUUCAUACUACUACUCAACUUUUUGCCUUCUUCUCAACCAAUUUACUCACUCUCUCCGUCGUAUAACUACGAGCACAAGUUCACCACUCAUAGGGGCGUCAAUUACUUUGUCGGAUCAGCCAAGUUCGAGCAGGAGUAUCCGAUAAAUAGUCCCGAGAGACAGAGGGUUGAGGAGCAGGUUGAUAGAGAUUACUUGUCUAUACUUGGUCAGAAUUGUCGACAUGAGCUUCAGAGACAACAAUGGGGGUUUGUACGCGAAACGCCACACUGCGACAUGAUGAGGAGGUUUGAUUCAGCUGCUGCGUAAGCCUUUCAGGUCAGAGAGAGAGAGAGACUAAAGCACCAAGUUAGUAUACUCAAAACUCCAAGAGACUUGCUUGGAUUGUUCCGAGACAUAGAUAUGGUACUUACUAACUUCUGAGCAUUUGCUUCAGAGAGUUUGAUUUCUAAGUCCCAGCCUCAUAUACAUUGAUUACUGUGCUCCUUAUGAUGUUUAGUAUGAGACAUAUUGUGUGUGAUUAAUUCUUAUUCUGAAUAAUACUUCUCUUUUGCUUUGAA